UUGAAAUAUAUUUUCAAUUUCAUAGCUGCAAGAGUAAUGUAAUCCAGACCCAGACGUGCGCAUUGGUUCCUAUCUUCUGCCAGCUAUUGAGUGUUUAGAACGGAAUCGUUCGAUACGUGCUGCAGUGUAUCUGGGUUUUUAGGACUUAAAACUUAGUAUCUAUUGGGAAUCUAUGGUCUUGUUGCAGAAAGAAAAGUAAAAUUAGAAACAACAAUUAAAUCGAAAUCAUCAGAAGCCUAGUUGGGUUCACUUGAAAGCUUUAGUAAUUUUUUCUUAUUGCGCUGGUGUACCACUAGAAUAUCGAUUUUUCUUGCUGUUCCAAGUGCAGAACAGUUUUCGACCUUUUUUUGAAUAAACGACGAAAUGGCUGUUAUGAUGAAAGCAAUUAAAUGUCCUACGGACGAACUGUCGCUGAAAAACAGGGCCAUUGUCAACAGUACAGAUUUUCCUGAGGAUAUCAAAUACGUUGAUGUCUCUACCGCUCCGGGACAACAUUUCGUGUUUUCCGUAGAACGAUGCCCGGAUAUCCCUAAUUAUUGCAUCGGAUUUUCUCUUCUGCAGCGCAAGUGGGCAACUCUGUCAAUUAACCAGGACAUAUCGGUGAAACCGUUUCAUUUUGAUCGCUCUUCUGAAAUUUUGUGUAGUGUUUGCAUUGAAGUUGAUUUUUUGCAGAAGAAAACUACUACGCUCGAACCAUACGACAGUGAUCAGAUGGCAAAGGAUUUCAUCCUGCAAUUUUCCGGUCUCGCGUUGACUGUAGGUCAACCAUUGGUGUUUAGCUUUGCUGACAAGAAACUACUAUGCCUUUGUAUCAAAUCAAUGGAAGCAAUUGAUGCUAACAGUAGUAUGCAAGGUAGUAAAGCGGAGCCGAAAAAAACUAAUUUUGGUCGACUGCUUGGAAAUACAACAGUUACAUUCGAGAAAAUGGAAAACUCUUCUAUUAACCUGGUUGGAAAAGCUAAAGGAAAAAUUGUACGACAAUCGAUCAUUAAUCCAGACUGGGAUUUUGGUAAAAUGGGAAUAGGUGGCUUGGACAAUGAAUUCAAUGCUAUCUUUCGGCGAGCAUUUGCGUCUCGAGUAUUUCCUCCGGAAAUCGUAGAACAGUUGGGAUGUAAACAUGUUAAAGGUAUUUUGCUAUACGGUCCUCCCGGAACUGGUAAAACACUGAUGGCACGGCAGAUUGGUAACAUGCUGAACGCUCGCGAACCGAAAAUUGUGAACGGACCGCAAAUUCUUGAUAAAUAUGUUGGUGAAUCUGAGGCUAACAUUCGACGACUAUUUGCCGAUGCUGAAGAGGAAGAGAAAAGGCUGGGUCCAAACAGUGGCUUGCAUAUUAUUAUCUUCGAUGAAAUAGACGCCAUUUGUAAGGCUCGUGGAAGCGUGGGAGGUAACAGCGGUGUACACGAUACCGUUGUUAACCAGCUGUUAGCGAAGAUUGAUGGCGUCGAACAGCUAAACAAUAUUUUGGUGAUUGGUAUGACGAAUCGUCGGGAUAUGAUUGAUGAAGCUCUCUUACGUCCGGGACGACUAGAGGUUCAAAUGGAAAUAAGUCUUCCCAACGAAAAUGGCCGAGUACAGAUUUUAGCCAUUCAUACAAAGCGUAUGAGAGAUUUUAAAAAAAUUGCACCGGACGUAGACUCUAAGGAACUAGCUGCUUUAACGAAGAACUUCAGCGGUGCAGAGUUGGAAGGUUUGGUUCGUGCUGCGCAAUCAACUGCGAUGAAUCGAUUGAUAAAGGCAUCAUCCAAAGUAGAAGUUGACCCUGAAGCAAUGGAAAAGCUCAUGGUUAAUCGCAAUGAUUUUCUACAUGCACUGGAGAAUGAUAUCAAACCGGCCUUUGGUACGGCACAAGAGGCGUUGGAAAAUUAUCUCGCUCGUGGCAUCAUCAACUGGGGUCUGCCAGUCGCACAUGUCUUACAGGAUGGUGCUCUAUACACGCAGCAAGCUCGUGCUGCCGAAGGAACCGGUUUGGUUUCAGUUCUACUCGAAGGUCCACCGAAUUCUGGAAAAACUGCAUUGGCAGCGCAACUUGCAAAAAUGUCCGAUUUUCCAUUCGUCAAAGUUUGCACACCAGAUGAAAUGGUUGGGUUUACAGAAAAUGCAAAAUGUUUGCAAAUUCGCAAAUUCUUUGACGAUGCUUAUCGCUCAACAUUAAGCUGCAUCUUGGUGGAUAAUAUUGAACGGCUUUUGGACUACGGUCCAAUCGGACCACGAUAUUCUAACUUGACUCUCCAAGCUCUACUUGUUCUGUUAAAGAAGCAACCACCACGUGGAAAGAAGCUACUUAUUUUGUGUACUUCAAGUCGAAGACAAGUUCUGGAAGACAUGGAAAUGCUGUCUGCAUUUACUGCGGUUUUACAUGUACCGAAUCUCUCGCAGCCAGAGCAUAUUCUCUCAGUUUUAGAAGGAUUUGAUGAUGUAUUCUCUAAACAAGAGCUGUCCGUUAUUUAUAAACGGAUGAAAGGUCAUAAAGUGUUUGUGGGCAUUAAAAAGUUGCUUGAUCUAAUAGAGUUAUCCAGGCAAACUGAUCCGCAACAACGCGCCAACAAGUUCCUUUCCAAGUUAGAAGAGGAAGGAGCGCUAGACGCAGGAACAUCCAUCCACUAACUUAUAACCGGAGGGUAGCUAUGGACACUAAGUAUUACUUCUUUCAACGAUGUAUUUUAGGAACAAAAAAUCUAAGUGACAACCCCUUUAGCGUUGACGGGGCGUUUCGAUAAUGAUUGGUUGUCAAUUGCUUAUCAAUAAUAAUAUCUAAAUAUGCGCAUUGCUAUUAGCAACAAAAAAUGUGGUCACUCUGAAAUACCAUCAAUUAUACAACUCAUAUUCUAUACACAAAGAAGGCAUACGUAUUUACAAGUUUUCUUCUACGCUGAGACAAAGCUAUUCGAGAAAACUAGAUUAAAGAUAAUCCGCUUAUAUCGUAGAAGAAAUUCUCAUGCAAAGUAUUGUCGCGUAGCUAUGGCUCUAAAGUUCGAAUGUUGAAAAUGCAAUAAUUGUAGAAGUGUAAAGUUUAUUAUGAAUAGUUCACAGUAUGAUGAAUGUAUAAAUUCUAUCUAAAUAUUUUCCUUUCAUUCUCGUGUGUUUUCCUGGCUGUUAUUCAUUAUUAUAUGCGUUAACGCUAGUGAAUGAGCCCACUACGUUCCAGACCUCGAGUGUAUGUGUUUAAAUUUUUGAUGUGUACGAAUUUUUUUGUUAUUUAAUUGUAAAGCGAUGCAACUGUGAGUCAGUAGAAAGUAAUUGAAUAUCACUAUCAGCUCCACGUCUUAGUUACCCUUCGCGAUUGAUAAGUAUAGAUAUUAGAAGAUGCAAAUCAAAAUUGAUCUUUGGUAAUUAAGGAAAUAUGUAAAUGUCUACCCGUUGAUUUAUUGGUUCUCUUAUAUACUGUUCAAAUUUUGUUUGCAAUUGAAUAGCAUCAUUUUUGUUGCACAACUGAUUAAAUCUAAUUCUUUAUAUACUGAGCAAAAAAUUUCGUUGAACUCUCGUUGGUUAUGUACAUUCCUGAUUUGUCUUGACAUAUGGUACAAUCAUGCUCUAGCAAAAUUAUUGUUGGUAGUAACAACCGUAACAUUAAUUAAAAGCGUUAGAAAUCGAGCAAACUCAAAUUAUUGUUUUUAUGACGGUGCAAGUGUAUAGAUUAUGCUUCUAUAUUUGAUUAGAUGAGAUAAAGGUUGAACUUUUAAAAUAUUAGAAAAUUACAAAUAUAAUAAACUGUUACCAAAAGUAUAAUA